AUGGCUUCAAUUCUCAGCAUCUGCCUCCUCUUCAUCACUGUCUGCACUGCAGGUGGAUUUAGAGAAAACGUUGUGAGUCGCUGUGUGUUUACGUCUCCUGAUCCAAAGGACAUCGAGUACAUCUACUCUGCGUAUUACAACAAGAAGGAGUACAUCAGGUUCAACAGCACCGUGGGGAAGUUUGUUGGAUACACUGAGUUUGGAGUAAAGAACGCAGAACGCUGGAACAGUGGUCCAGAGCUGAGUAACAGGAGAGCUGAAAAGGAGCGAUACUGCGACCACAACGUUCCGAUCUGGUACAGUACUCCUCUGAUUACAACAGUUGAACCCACCGUCCGCCUUCACUCCACGACGCCCCCUGCUGGUCACCAUCCUGCCAUGUUGGUCUGCAGAGUCUACGACUUCUACCCCAAACAGAUCAGAGUGAGUUGGACCAGAGACGGACGUGAAGUCACCUCUGGCGUCACCACCACCGAGGAGAUGGAGGACGGGGACUGGUUCUACCAGGCCCACUCUGACCUGGAGUACACACCCAGGUCUGGAGAGAAGAUUUCCUGUGUGGUGGAACACGCCAGCCUGAAGCAGCCUCUGGUCGUGGACUGGGAGCCUUCGAUGCCUGAGUCAGAGAGAAACCAAAUCGCCAUCGGAGCCUCUGGACUGAUCCUGGGUCUGAUCUUAUCUCUGGCUGGAUUCAUCUACUACAAGAGGAAGGCCAGAGGACGGAUUCUGGUUCCCACCAACUGAUCCUUGUCUGGUUCUAAUCCUGUUCUUGGUCUUGACUUGAUUCUGGACCCAUAACUAUUAUGUGGACGAAGGUCUCCUGCCUGUGUUCAGCUCAUCAUUCAGUGCUGCCCUCUGCUGGUUUACCUGAUUAAUACAUUUAAUCAUUGUUCAGAUUUGUUCCUAAAUAAUCAGAGCUGUGAUGUCUUUGACCCAAACUAGAUUGGAUCAGGUUCUGGUAAACAUUAUGGACUCUUCAUCACCUAAAUUGUUUUUUUUCCAGCUUCUGUCCUAUCACUCACUUUGUUUUAAAUCAUGGCUGAUGCAGGUGCAUCUAUUUAGGUCUUGUAGCUUGUGCUGUUGUUGGAUUUAUGUAUUUUGAGAAAGAUUUUUCCAACCACAAUAAAAAAAUAUCAAAACAUA